GGUUUUUGUAAAUAUUUUGAUUUUUGAAUGAUUAAUUUACGGAUUGCUGUAGAGAUUGUUGCCCAUAUUUGAUUUAUAUAUAGAAGAGCAGCACAAUGUCUGACAUUCAGUCAGAUGCAGUGAGCUUUGAACCUGCGAUGGGGACCUACCGACCAAUGAACAACUCAAGUCCUUCUCCUCAACAGGCACCAGAAUCAGGUUCAGGUGGGUCCAGUGUGGUGGUCCACGGCUCUAGCCAUGUUCAUGUGGGCAGCAACGUUACGCUGUGCGAGGCGCUGAAGAAGCCGCGUCCGCGCCGGCCGCCGGACUCCACGCCGCAGCUGAUAGCGCUGUUCCGGUGUUCCUCGAUGACCACCGACCGACAGCUGCUCACCGCCUCUCGCUACAUCGGGAGCGGGUGGCGCGACCUGGCCCGGCGACUCGGCUUUCUCGGCGCAGAGACGGACGACUUUGAGUACCGCGCAGAGAGUCUUCAGGAGAUCAGCUACCGCCUGCUGCGCGCCUGGAGGGAAAGGGAGUCGUCCGCCGCCACCGUCGAGCGCCUGGCCAAGGCCCUCUGGGACGAGGAGGCCUAUGACGCUGUGGUCCAGCUGGCUCAACUCGGUGCCAGUCAGUGACCGACAGACGCCGCAGCAUGAGCUGGGAUGGUCACUGAAAUGGUGAGAUUGUCGUCGCUUUCUGAGGAGUUUCUGUAGGGAGCCUGUCUAUGGACUCUGUGCAUUUAGCUGGUGCUCGGGUUGACCAGGCAACUCAGCAAGGAUUUGAGUGUCCCUAAAGAGACAGGCCUGAAUAGGGAUCAUUGGAGAACUAUGGGACCCGUCUUAUGGACUUGAGCGUUUUGGAGCUCGGCUUGGCCCGGCACUUCUGCCAGACUACCUGUCCGUAAGGGAACGAGCCCGACUUUGCCUCAGACAUGCCUGCAUCUGGCCUCAUUGGAAAAGUAUGGGACCCGCGACCUGCGACGAUUUCUUGUCGCAUUGGAUCCGUCCUGAAAUGCUUUAUGAAUUCCCGCUAUUUAUAUUUUAUAGCGUUAUCCUGACUUCUAAGGUUGUGAAGAGUUACAAACGGGGUGCCAUUCCGAAAUAUCUAGCUUUAGCUUAAGUGGGCGCAAGUGUGGUCAUACUGCCAAUGGAUGCGACGUGUGUGGCACAUAGAUGGACGUUAGAUGAAUCCGUAAAUAUUUUAUACACUUUCCUUAAGUUGUGAGCGGGGGUGGGAGAUAUCAAUAGCUUACCGCAUGUUGUCGUGCCACUUUGUGCUGACUGACUGAUGACUGGCCGAAAGCCUGACAAGUGUCGUACGCAUAUUCGAUUGUAACGUUGUAGCAGUGUGUCGCAAGGAAGUUGUGAACAUAUGAAAUGAACACGUGUGACUUGUAUUGUUCAGCAGUUGUAUGUCACCGGCUUUUGCCGUUCAAUUGUCUCGUUUUCCGUUCUUUGGUUCGGUAUAGACUGUAGGCUUGCCCUCCAUUGUGAUAUGUUUUUAUGUCGUAUAAUGGUGUCUCGAUUCUGGGCUAGGAUCACAGAAAGUACUGCCAAAUUUUUUUAGAGGUCGGCUUUUCCAAUUGAACCGACGGUUGGUGUUAGGUGGUAGUACGUGAUAGGCGAAUGUGUUUUAUUAGCGUAUACGAAUUGUACUGUUUGCUUACACUUACUUUUAGCAGUUUCUUAGCACUUUGUGAACAAUGUGACCGUAGGUACUAGGUGUUAGUCGUAGUCACGCGCAAUUUGCUGACGACCGAUCAUCUGUUUCAUUGUAUAUGAUUAACCUUAGAGCCAUUUUGCCUGGUUGUUGGUAUUGCUAGCGUCGUGCGUACCUUAGAUUAGCUAACGUUUCACCUUUCCCCGACUGGGGAAACGACUGGGAACUGGGGCCGUCUUCGACUGUCCCCCUUCCGCCUGACUUAUGCCGUAAGGAUCGAGUGAAGAACAAUAGCUGCCAUAACGUGUCAUAAACACGGCCUGAUGCUUCAUGGCAGAUGUUGAGGGAGAGAGAAGAGCUAGUUACUACCGAGACCAUGAUGCGGCAGUUUUACAUGUGAAGAGCUGUUGAAACUAUGCUUGUUACGCUGAGCUACACACACUUGAAAUGCACAAUCCGUAUAAGUCAUGAGCUUGCUGCAUGGACUACUAAAGUUUCUCGGACGAUCUAUAUUUUCCGGUCAACGAAUAUGCAUAAACUGAUUGUUUAACUUCAAUAUACUGCAGAACGUCACAUGCAGCCGCUUACCUUGUU